AUGGCGUCGUGCCUGGUGAUGAAGACCGAAUGUGGAGACAUCAACCUGAGGCUCAGGCGAGACUCGGCUCCGAUCACCUGUGACUUCAUCGUGAAGGCGGUGGAGGAGGGCCUCUACAAUGGCAAGACCUUCUAUCGCAGCGACUUUGUGAUCCAGUGCGGGCUGCACCCGCAGAAAGCGCCAGGUGACAUCUCGCGGAACGAGACGCGGGACGGGGUCUUCCUGUCAAACACGCGCGGCACUUGUGCGAUCGCCCACUGGGACGUGCCGGAUAAUGGCAACACUGAGUUCUUCAUCAACCUGCAGGCAAACACCCACCUGGACAGCGCCUGCGGCGGCUACUGCGUCUUUGCCGAGGUGGCGGACGACGCCUCUCUGGCGGUGGUGGACGCAAUUGCCGGUGAGGUCAAGGCGCGAGGCAGCGUGAAGAUCAGCGCGGUCACGGCGGACAAGCUCCAAAUCAUCACGGCGCCCGGGGAGACCAAGGCGCAGCCGAGGACCCAACCGCAGCCCCAGCCGCCACAAGCGCAGAACCACCAGGAGGAGGAAGUGAAACCCAAGGUCGAGAAGUCCCGUCCAACAGUCAUCAUUCCCACGCGGGAUUUGCAGCCACAAGCGCAGAACCACCAGGUGGAGGAGGAAGCGAAACCCAAGGUCGAGAAGCCCCGUCCAGCAGUCAUCAUCCCCAUGCGCGCGGCGCCGAAUGCCGCGGACCCGCAGAGCCCCCGCAGCCCUGGCAGGUAUACCGCUUGGAGUUGA